CUAUUCUCUGCCAUAUUCAAUUGCCCAGUGCUACUAUAGUAAUCAUGUCUGACGAACAAAAAGAACAAGUUCAAACCGCUGCUGUAGAGAAUCAAGCACCUCAAGAAGGUGUUCCUAAGACUGAACAAACCACAGAGUCUACAAAGCCAGCUGAAACCGUUUCUGGAAAAGCUGAAUCUUUUGAUGAAAAUGAAGUUUUAAAGCAAGUGGAAUUUUACUUUUCUGACUCCAACUUGCCUCGUGACAAGUUCUUGUGGACUGUUUCCCAGAAAAACCAAGGUUGGGUUCCUAUCCAAACGAUUGCUUCCUUUAAGCGUAUGCGUCGCUAUCAGCCCUUAGAAGCCGUUGUGGCCGCUUUGCGCAAGAGCCCAGAGUUACUUGAAGUGGAUGAAGCCGGCGAAAAGGUUCGUCGCAAGGUUCCUAUCGUUCGUCCUGAUCCUUCUGCUAUACAACGUUCCAUGGAAAGUAGUGUGUAUGUCAAGGGCUUUGGUGAGGAACAAGAAGAUACUCAAUUUGUAUUGGAAAGAUAUUUCGAAAAAGAAGGUGGUGAACUUGCUUCUCUUCGUUUGCGCCGUGAUGACGAUAACAAGUUCAAGGGCAGUGUUUUUGUAGAAUUCAAGACUCCCGAAAUUGCCAAAGGCUUUUUGGAAAAGGUCAAGGGAUCUCCAUUGAAGUUCAAUGAAAAUGAGUUAACUAUCAUGUCCAAGAAGGAAUACGUGGAUAUGAAGGCUGAACAGCAUCGCAAUGAUCCUCCUAAGCCUGGCAACAAACGCAGACGUUUUGACGCCUUUAAAAUGAUGGAUCGUGAGCGAUCCAGCAAGCGUGCUCCCAAGAGAGGAAAAACUGCUUAUAAGGAAACCGAAAAGCAAGAAAAACCAAAGGAACCCGAGACUGUUGAAGAACCCAAGAAGGCUGAAGAUUCUAAUGAGGCUGAAAAGUCUACUGAACAACCCAAGGCCGAGGGAGAGGCUGCAGCUGCCACCAACGAAAAAGAAGAAGCCGCUCCUGCUUCUUCUAACUAAAAUAAAGAUAAAACUGGUUUUAUUAUCUUUUUGGAAAAGUUUUUAUUUUAAGGAAUAAAAUGGUUAGUAUGGGAUGAAACUCAGGAAAAUGAAAAGUAAGAUAAGUAAGGUUUCGAGAGGAACUUGACUUGAAACUGUAUUGCGUCUUUGUAUGGAACGACUUGAAACAUAUUUCAUCACUUUGGUUUAGGCUCAAAUUUCA